GCCGCCGCGCGGGCCGUAGUGUUCGGGAGGCGGCGGGGCGGCGCGGCGCCUCCCGGGAGCUGUAGUGUUCCCGGCCGGCGGGGCAUUGCCGCCGCGCUCUGCGGCCCCGCCCGGGAGCUACAGCCGGCGGCCGCCGGUGCGUGCCGCGAGGAUGGCGGCGCCCCUGGUGCUGGUGGUGCUGGUGGCCGUGACGGUGCGGGCCGCGCUCUACCGCUCCAGCCUCGCCGCCUUCAUCUCCGAGCGGGUGGAGGUGGCGUCCCCACUAAACGCCUGGAAGCGAGUGGUCGAAGGAUUAGCUCUGCUGGAUUUAGGGGUCUCGCCAUAUUCUGGAGCUAUUUUUCAUGAGACCCCACUGAUAAUAUAUCUCUUUCACUUCCUGAUCGAAUAUGCUGAAUUGGUGUUCAUGAUAACUGAUGUGCUAACUGCUGUUGCCCUUUACUUGGCCAUCCAAGACUUCAACAAAGUUGUGUUCAAAAAGCAAAAGCUCCUAAUAGAGCUGGAUAAAUAUGCACCAGAUGUGGCUGAACUCAUCCAGACACCUAUGGAAAUGCACUACAUCCCCCUCAAGGUAGCAUUAUUCUAUCUGUUAAACCCCUACACUGUGAUGUCUUGUGUGGCAAAGUCUACCUGCGCCAUCAACAAUACUGUCAUUGCAUUCUUCAUUUUAGCUACAAUAAAAGGUAGUGCCUUCCUCAGUGCUGUGUUCCUGGCCUUAGCUACAUACCAGUCACUCUACCCUCUCACAUUGUUUGCUCCAGCACUCCUUUACCUUCUACAGCGUCAGUUCAUACCAAUAAAACUGAGAAGUAAAAGUUUCUGGCUCUACACCAUGCAGUAUGCAGCCCUGUACCUGUGCAGCCUGGUGGUGAUCAUCUGCCUCUCCUUCUUCCUCCUCAACUCCUGGGAUUUUAUCCCAUCUGUUUACGGGUUUAUCCUUUCCGUUCCAGAUCUGACACCCAAUAUUGGCCUUUUCUGGUACUUCUUUGCAGAGAUGUUUGAACACUUCAGUCUUUUCUUUGUAUGUGUGUUUCAAAUCAACGUGUUCUUCUACACCAUUCCCUUGGCAAUAAAGCUAAAGGAACACCCUGUGUUCUUCAUGUUUGUCCAGAUCGCAAUCAUUUCUAUCUUCAAGUCCUAUCCCACUGUGGGAGACAUUGCACUGUACAUGGCCUUCCUUCCAGUCUGGAGCCACCUUUACAGAUUCCUCCGGAACAUCUUCAUCCUGUCAUGUGUGCUCAUUGUCUGCUCCCUCCUGUUCCCCGUUCUGUGGCACCUAUGGAUUUAUGCAGGAAGUGCCAACUCCAAUUUUUAUUAUGCCAUCACGUUGACUUUCAACAUAGGGCAGAUCCUGCUCAUCUCGGAUUAUUUCUAUGCCUUCCUCCGGCGGGAAUACUACCUCACUCAUGGUCUCCACUUGACAAGGCAAGAUGGGACAGAGGCCAUGCUUGUUUUGAAGUAAGGAUUGUGCCCACUGUUCCCUGGGACAUGGACCAUGCUAAGGAACAUGCAAAGCAUGGUGUAUGUGGGGUGGGUGGGGAAGGUUCCCUGAAUGAGGUCUGACUUUGGGAAUAGUACCUACUGAAAGAAAGGGCCAAGGUUCUUCUGGGAAUACCCUCCCGAGCUGCAGGCUCAGUGCAGAGACUAAGAGCUACAAGCAGGAACUGCAGUGCCGAAUUGGAGGAUCUCCCUUUUUCCAUCAGCUGUGCUUUUCACUGCGACCUCAGCCAUCAGCUCUGGGCAGUCCAAGAGGAACUGAAGAAAGUGUCUGAGCUAAUACCAGGGCUGCAUCUCUGGCCCAGAAGGAGCUCGGACCAUAAACUUACUGUCACUGCUUCCUGGAGAUGUUUGCUUCUCUGGAGAUUUCCCCUUCACUGCUUUGACCAGUAGUGCUCCUGCUUAGCACAAGGCAUCUCUGGGUAUACUUCUGGGUUCUCCUGCUGUUGUGGGAUCUGGAAAAAUCACAUGUACUCGGGCACAGUGGCUGACUGUGAAACAAAUGGCUGACCACGGAUGAAUGACCUGCUGGAAGGAGGAGGGUGGAAGCUGCUGCCACAGGUAAUAAUUUUGUGCUCAAACUAGGAAGAACUGGAACUGGGGUGAAGACAGCAGGGUGGGUACUGGGUAACUGCUGUAUCCUGUUGAAGCAACACAGGCACUUUCAUGUCAGGAGCAGUACAGAGGCGUUACAGGGUCCCAGAAGGAAUGUUACUGUGGAGAUAAAACUCCCAUUCCUCCUCAUUUCUGUAGGGUAACAAAGCUUGAUGGUGCAGGGCUUACACUAUAGUUGUGAUCGCUUGGGACAGCAGCCUGGACAUGGAAGGAGCAAGCUGCCUGCCUGGGCCAGGGACCAGAUCUGUUUACAUCUCCCCUUCAAGGCCCCAGACCAAAGCCAGAAGGAGCCUCAGCCACCACUGUUGUGGAGUUGUCAGGCUCCAGGUGUUCCAUAGUGUUACACGGCUACAGGAUACACACUUUCCCUGUGUUACCCUCUUGCAAGUACAGCACUGGCCGUGUGGCUGUUAAAGCGUGAGCCCUUGGUUCCCCUGUGAGCUGCUGCCCCCGUGCAUGUGACCCACCUGGGCAAAGCCACCAGGCUGGCUUCUUGCUCAGCUGGUUGUACGGUGGCACAGAGCAGUGGUAGCCACAGCGUGCAAGCUUUCUCACUGGUGCUGGGCAGCAGGUAGCCAGCUUCCCUACAGAUCCCAGGAAAAAUCCAAAGGGCUGGGAAUGUGGCAACAUCGAAACCAAACUGCACCUGGUAUAGUGGAACUGAGAGAUAGAUGUACCCAGGCAGCUGUGUAAGCAGGUUAUUUCUUUCUGGACCAUUAAAACUUUUGCCUUACUGCACUGCUGUUAGCGCUUUGGUGGGGGUUCGUUAAUCCGAGCCCAGCUCAGCCCCCCGCACUCAGCCACUCCGGCUGGGGCAGGCCCUGCAGCACCCCUGCGCCUCCAGCCAUGGCAGGGGCACAUGGAGCCACAGCUGCUCUGGGCUGCCAGCUCUGUGGCAUGUCUAGGAGCAUAAUAAACUGUGCAAGUUUUAAACACC